AGGAAGAGGCAGGUAAUUGGAGAUAGGAAGUUCAUCCCUUUACGAAGAACAGAGCUCACGGAAUCAGAAAUUCUACUGAAUUUGACUGACGAGAACUUUAUUGGGAGAGGAAGAUGUGGAGACGUGUAUCGAAUUGCUGUCCAUCAAAAUGGAAGUCAUGUUGCUGUUAAACGAAUACGCAAAGAAAGGGAAUUAGACAGCAGAUUAGAGAAACAAUUUCUGGCAGAACUUCAAAUACUGAGUGAGAUUCAACAUCCAAAUAUUGUGAAACUAAUUUGCUGCAUUUCAAACAUGGACUCGAAUUUCCUGGUGUAAGAGUACAUGGAAAAUCAAAGCUUAGACAAAUGGUUGCAUGAAAAGAAAAGAAACAAAUCACAAAAUGUUGUAUUGAAAUGGGAUACCAGGCUGCAUAUUGCAGUUGGAGCUGCCCGCGGUCUUUGCUAUAUGCACCAUAAUUGCUCCCCUCCCAUUAUUCAUCGAGACAUUAAAUCUAGUAAUAUCCUACUGGACAACGAAUGGAAUGCAAAAGUCGCAGAUUUUGGACUAGCAAAAGUAUUAGCCAAGCAGGAAGAUAGCGAGACUGCUUCUGCUGUUGCUGGCACUUUUGGCUACAUCGCUCCAGAGUAUGCUUAUGCAACAAAAGUAAGUACAAAGAGCGACGUUUAUAGCUUUGGUGUGAUAUUAUUGGAGCUAGCUACUGGAAAAUAACCUGUUAACAAAGAUGACUACAUGAACCUUGCACAGUGGGCAAGAAAACACUGUGUAGAUGGAAAUAUUAUUGAAGAUGCUCUUGAUGAAGAAAUCAAAGGACCAAAUAACUUGAAAGCAACGACUACUCUUUUCAAAUUACGGAUGAUGUGUACUAGCAAGUUAGCUUCCAUUAGACCUUCCAUGAGGGAAGUAUUGGAAGCUCUUUUAUUCUUGGCUACUAGCUAUUAGUUAUUUUGUCCUUUGGCAUUAUGCUUAGUAAGUUGAUGAAUUAUUAUACUUGUUUGA